UCACCCAAGAUUUCAGCCCAAAAUCCUUUUCCGGGCUUCACCCAAAACUUUAUCACCGAUCCAACAGCGAGAUCUAAAACAUCAAACAAAUUGACCCAAUUUUCAAUUAUCCAUUCCUCGGGAAUCUGCAACUACUCUCCGGCGAUCGUUUCAAUCCUCCACCAUGGCCACAACCAGCACCGCCGCGGACUCCGCCACUGAUCCAUCAACUCCAGAUCCUCAAACCCCGAUCACCCCACCCCAAAACCUCGUCGACCCACUAAAUAACCCAUACAACUCCCUCAAUUCCCUCUGUCACGACCUCACAUCUCUCCAAGACCUCGCUUGCCGGGGUUCCUGGCGGACCAUCAUCGACAAAAUAGCCCGAGCCCGGUCUCUUUCCCUCCUCACAAAGCCCCACGAGCACCUCAUCUACCUCACCUUCAACCUCCUCAGCCUCGUCAAACUACGCCGUUUCACCGACGCCAAUAACGAGCUCCAGUCCCACCUGGAGGACGACGAAAACGAUGGCGAUCACCCUCUCAAUAGCCCACAAUACCAGUACGAAACUUACCCCCACCAUUACCCGAAUCAACAGGGUUCUAUGGUACCCUUUGCUCUUCGUUGGGUUCACGCCCAUUUGCCAUCCACCAUUGGGCAUAAACAGCAGUCCCUUGAUCGGUUUUAUACCCUCCUUGACUUCGUUCGCGAGAGAAGGCGUAGCGCGGAUGGAAAUUCGGGCGAUUUGUGGCGAAAAAGGGAGGUUUUUGUGGUGAAUACUAUAGUUAGUUAUCAUUUGAGUGGUAAAGAGUUUAAGGUUUGUGUGGAUUUGAUGAGGGGUUUAGCUAAUGAGAAGGGAUUUGAGGUUGAUGCAGUUAUGUUGUCGAAGUUGGGUUAUGUGCAAAUGCAAUAUGGGGAUUUGGAAGGGGCGAAGAGGACGUUUGGGGAAGUGGAGAAGAUGGUGGGGAGUGGAGAAGAUGAUGUAGGAUUGAGGAACUUGGUUAGUAGGAAUAAGGCAUUGAUGUAUCUAGUUGGGAAGGAUUAUGUUUCCGCCGUCAGGGAGUAUGAGGAGUGUAUAGAGAGGGAUGGAUUGGAUGCUGUAGCGAUUAACAAUAAGGCUCUUUGUUUGAUGUAUUUGAGGGAUUUGUCUGAUUCGAUUAAGGUUCUGGAGAAUGCAUUGGAGAGGGUGCCUACCGUGGCAUUGAACGAGACACUUGUGGUGAAUUUGUGUAGUAUGUAUGAGUUGGCUUAUGUUAAUCAUGCUGAUAUUAAGAAGACACUUAGUAAUUGGAUUGCUAGGGUUGCACCAGAUGACUUUGAUUCAUCAUGUACUAGGACUUGAGGUAGAUUUUUUAUGGUCAAGUCUUUGACUUUGAACAUUGGAGAUGAAAUAGAUAUUCAAUUUGUUUUUUGUUGUUGUUGAGUAGCUGACUUUCAAUAGAUUUGAAACCACAUUUUGUUGCUUUACUUUGUUUACAAGAGUUCUUCUAGUUCUUAGAUAGCCAGUCAAGCUUGUGAUCCUGUGAUGUUUCUCAAUUUUCUUCUGUAAUCCUCAUUUUUAAAUGGCAGUUCAUUCCGAGAUUUGUAACUACUGUAAGUUUACUCAAUUGAAUUCGGUUAAUAAUGGCUCAUCUUCUAAUGCAAAAAUGACUUCCUUUUUUAUAGAGCAUUGUGAUGGUAUGACUGAAUAUUUGCAUCAAUGAGACAUUGACUCUUGUUGGUUGCUUAAUGUUGAUUGUUGAGUGGCUUUUUUGUUUGAAACUUUUGUAACUACAGUUAGAAAGUUGCUUGAGUUGAGUUAUCAAUUGCUUAUGUGUUGAAGCAGAACUUAAUAUUUGUUUUAUUGUGCUCCUUUUAAUGGCAGAUUGCGUUUUGUGUUACAUGAUUAUGUUAGUAUUCACUUAGUUAUUCAUGUAGUUCAGAAGGUAGGGUUUCAUGUAGUUCGGAAGGUAGGGUUCCAGACCUGUUUUAAACAGAUGACUUUAUUAAUUGGCAUUUACCAGAAGGCUUUAGAGUUACUGCAUUACCACUGCAUGUGAAAUUAUCUAGUCUCUUGGUAUUUUGUCAGAAAACUUAGAACACUUAGAGAGUGCUUUUUUUUGGUGCUUUACUAUGUUGUACACUGAUUGUAUUGUACUUAUACGAGUCUGAUCAUUUCUGCUAAGAGAUAUUGGAGCAAGGGUGGCUGUUUCUUUAACCAUCAAUCUUUGGCACGAUAUGAGCCAUGAACAUCGCAUUAGCUUGAAUGGCUAUAUAUGUUCCACUUGAAUGAAAAGUUAUAAGCCAGGGCACUAAUGAUGUUUAUAAUUUUCCAUUUGACUACUUUCUCUCUGGCUCUUCCCUUUGUUGAUCAUUCAUUGGACACAAUUUUAAUCUGCAAAUUUUUGUUUGACAUUGUUAUUUCCUGAAUUAGAAUUUCAAUAAUAUUGAUACCCCCUCUUUAAACUUGUAGCUGCUUCAAAAUGAAUUAAUCAACUGGCUUUUUGGUUGGCUUUGUCUUCGUUUAUGUUCAAAAAAUUAGUAUGUUCAAAAAAUUAGCCUUUAUUUGUCGACAAACGUUCUCAGAAUAAAUUGAUUCAGUGCCUACUACUUGUAAGCUUAGGUUUUUUACUUUUCUCCCAUGUUCAACAUUACUUCAUCCAGCUGGAGAUUCUGUAGUUGUUCCCAUUCUUGUACAAUAUCAUGUCUUGUUGAUGUUACUGCUGCUUCAGUAAUUUUAAGCUUCUUUCACGUUUUAGUGAAUUUUGUGAAUGACGAUUGCUAAUGGUUGCUGAAAGUGUAGUUUUCUGCACUAUGUACAACUUCUAGUGCUAUUAAGUUCUUGUUUACUCUUCAGGGGGAAAAAAUGUGGCUCUCUUACAACUAUAAAGAUCACAGCGUAAGAUCUGGCUAAGAUGGCAAUAGGUCAUCCUUUUAAUUGUACGUAAAUGCAGCUAACCACUUACUGCUAGGAAUAGUCUAACUUUUACUGAGCAUAACUAGUUGCUUUUGGAUUCACUGGUUACAGAAAUUUCAAGUCUCAACAAAUGAAACUUUACUGAAACUUCUUGAAAGUUUCUCUGCUGUAGGACUUGUGCUUUUACUAGGGAGAAUUACUUUUAGACAGCUAAAAAGUUGUCCAUGUCACUGAAUUUUUCUUCAGCCUGAGUUCAAAAGGGCUAUAUGAAGCUAUCCAAGUUUGCAUUUUGCGAAGGUGAAAGGUGAAACAAUGCUUCACUUUACCAGAAUGAUAGAGACACAAUUUUUUUUAGUUAGUGCCCUAUCGCAGUGUACCAUUUUCGUGAUUAGUGAACUGUGGCACUUAUUGGUGGUGUUUAUUUGAUGCCCAAACAAAGCUCAGUGACAGGAUUUCCAUAAAAUGAAUUAUGAAGUAGUAGAUGAUAUUCUCAUGGCUAUGAGGAGGGGUGGGGCUCCUUUUCUUAUUUUUUCUCCCUUCCUAUGUUGAAAAAGGGUAGCCGGGAGCAGCUAUAAGAUUGUAAAAUUGGCCAAAAAUCAGCCUGCCCUGGUGGCUGAAUUGCAGGGCCUGGAGUCUGGCACAAUUUUUGGGUCAAGAAGAGCCGUCUAGGAAGCUCUCUCUCUUGUCUCUGCAUCAAGGACGGAAGUGCUAAUAGAAGGUGACUCUGCAAUGGUCAUUCAAUCUCCAGCAGAUGAGUUUGAGGACUUAAUCUUCGGUUGGUGCAUUGUUGGGUGAUGUAAGGUCUCGGCCUGUCCUAAGGACUUGGAGCUGCCCUGGUCACGUAGAUCUUGUAAUAAAAUAGCACAGUUGUUAGCAAAGCAGCCCAGUCCUGUAGGAAGUUCAAUUUGGAAUUCAUCUCCUUUGUUUAUUGACUCUGCAUUGGCAGCUGAUUUGUCCUUUUUAAAUGGAAGUUAUAUGUUC